AUGGCUGAAGAAAAACCCGCAGUUGCUUUCAUUUUGGGAGGUCCUGGCUCUGGAAAAGGUACAUAAUGCUAAAAAUUAGUCAACUAGUAUGGUCUUGUCCAUUUAUCUGCUGGAGAUUUAUUGAGAGAAGAAAGAGCAAGUGGUAGCAAAGAUGCAGAAUUAAUUGAAAGCAUCAUCAGAGAAGGCAAGAUUGUUCCUAGCGAAAUCACUGUUAAACUUCUUAAAAAUGCAAUGGAAAAAAAUGGUUGGGCUAAAAGCAAGUUUUUGAUUGACGGUUUCCCUAGAAGCCAAGAUAACUUGGAUGGAUGGAAUUAAAUGAUGGGCCAUUUAAUAAACUUCAAGUUUGUUUUGUUUUUGGAUUGCUCUGAAGAUAUCAUGACCCAAAGAAUUAUGAAGAGAGCUGAGAGCUCAGGAAGAAGCGAUGAUAACAUUGAAUCCUUAAAGAAGAGAUUUAGAACCUACAUCGAAUCCACUAAGCCAAUUAUUGAUUUUUAUGCUAAAUAAAAUAAAGUUAUUACAGUCAACGCUGAAAAAAGUAUUGAUGAAGUCUUUGAAAAGAUUAGACCUCACUUCACUGAUUUCUGA